AUGCGUGUCUUACACUGGUGUCUGAUUGGUUUUCUCACUGCUGCGCUGCUCCCAGUCGAAUCUAAAUAUCGAUUCAGAUUUCACACAUGCAUCAAAGAGGACCAGGCAAUUUUGGAUCGUGAGAAUCUCGUCUCCCUCCGUCAAAUGGCAUUCAUUGAUGACGGAAGUUUUGGCGGUCGAAAACAACGUCGGUUGUCAGAGUUUGGUAUAGACAUUGAGCAUGGAUCGCUGCUGAAAAACUUCACAAAGGAAUAUCCAGUGGGCGCCGAAUCAACAAUCCAUUUUAUCAAUUUCCGUGAAUCGGAAUAUCUGAUUUUGAUCAAUUUUUGGAGCCGGUCGUACUAUUUCGUGAAGAAAGGCGAAAAAAUCAAUAUUCGGAAGGCUGGAAAGACGCUGAAACCCAGUUUUGAGCAUUUUGUACGUGUCUAUUUCAUUUGUGCUCCUGGAAACGCUAGAAGUGCUCUAAUCCUGUUCGGCGAACAAGCCAAACUUCGAAUGGUCGCUCCUCAAAGUGACGUUGGCGAGAGAAAAGAGACGCAGACGCCGAAGGCACAAAAGAAGCCAAAGAAAAGAUCGCCGAUUUUAGUGACCCAGAAAACUGCCGAUAAUUCUACAGUAACCGUCCGAAAGUGCCGAAAACGCGGUCUCCGUAAAAAGCGAGCUGUGGGGAGCCCGAAAAGACAGUUUUCGAAGAAAAUUAUUAGGAAAACGCCAAAGGAUGAGCGGAGACUGGCGAGGAGAGCUCUGUGA